AUGUUUGGAAUCUCAGUAGACUCCCCGCAGCGAGUGCGACCUGCGCGUUUGCAGCGGCCCAAGCAGCAGCAGCAGCAGCAGCAGCAGCAGCAGCGCCGCCUGCACACAAAGCAACAGCAGCACGCAUUGUUCGUUCAAACCCGCAGGCAGGCUGCAGCUGAAGCCGCCGCCGCCGCAGCAGCAGCUGUAGCGGCAGCAUCCAGCGAUGGCCUGUCCAGCCGCUCCGACUCUGCAGCGUACUCAACAGCAACGGCAGCAGCAGCAACAACAAAGACAGGGAAACUCGUUGCUGUCACAACUUACUCCGGUAGCCUGGAGGAUUAUUUGCUGCUGCAUUCUACAGACGGCAGCAGCAGCGGCAGCAGCAGCUAUGGGGCCUCUCCGCUUCGAGGCAGCAGCGAGGAAGAACUGCGCAGCAGCAGCAACCUUUGGAUACCCCCUCACCAGCAACAGCAGCAAGAACAGGAAGAGGAAAUCACAGGAGACCGCCGGUUGUCGAGCAACUGCAGCAACAGGAGCUCACAGCAGCAGCAGCCGCAGCAAGAGCAAGAUGGUGCGGUGCGGCAGCCGUCAAACGCUUCUGAGGAGGAGCAACAGCAAGAUCAGCAGGACCACGACAUAGAACACCGCCUUCUGUCGUCUUCUUCCUCUCAGCAGCAGCAACAGCAGCAAAGUCAGCAGCAGCAGGAUCCGUGCAGCAGCAAGAGCGGGGGUCGCCUGAUUGAACCACCAGCGGCAUGCACACCUGAAGGAGUGCAGAAGCACUUAUGGCCUUCUCUUACGCUUUCGCUUCUUCCUCAUCUCGAUAGUCUCGAGGAUUGCCAUCAAUACGCUGCUUUUGCCCGCAGCGCUUCCGAGCUGCAGCGCUUUGCUGCUGCUCCCGUACAGACCGUCAGCGCUGCUGCUGCUGCACUCAAACUGCAACAACAACAGCAACAAAUGCGACGGCCACUCAAGAAAACGCACGCGCAUUGGACGCUAGCAGAAGGACUGAGAAAUAUCUGCAACGCGCUCAAGCCGCAGCAGCCAGAGCCCUUACCUCCCAUCAAACUGCCAGUAUAUUUCCCCAAUGACCAAGAGGUCGAAGCAGGAGGAGUAGCAUCAGGGGCGGGACAGCUCAGCAUGUGCAGCAACAGUAGACAAAGCAGCACAGUCGAGCAAUCCUGUAGAGGCAGCAGCAGCAGCACCGUCACUAGCAAGCCUACAGCUGAAAGUCCGUUUGCUGAAGAUGUGUCUGUACACCUGAAAGGAGGAGGCAAAGGAAGCGUCGUCGGCAUUAGUCCUGCAAAUAACCUCAUCGUCAAACUCAAAAGCGGGAUGCACGUAGAGGCUCAUCCGUCGGAGUGCCGCUUCUUGGUGGGGGGAAUACUGGUGCCGCCGACGCAGCAGCACCACCACCAACAACAGCAACAGCAGCAACAACAGCAACUGCACAUGCUGCAGAUGCAGCUUAAGCAGCAGCAACAGCAGCAACAGCACCAACAGCGGGACUUCAAGCUAUCUGCUAGCAUGAGGGGAGUGGAGACAAUCCCCAGUGUUUCUGAGUUGCUGCAGCGGGCAGCAGCAACAGCAGCAGGCAGCACGCAGAAUACUGUGAUGCUUCCAAGUCUAGCUUCUGUGUCGCGUGUAGAUAAAACACGGGAGUCUGUCGCGGUAGUGAAAGUCCUUAAAAAAGCAGCAGAAAACAAACUAAACCAAGCAGACAACAUGCAGGCUAUCUUCCCGCCAGAAGCAGAACGACAACCCUCAACUGCCAACCACGAAAGAGAUGUCUCCUACAUGGGAGGAGCUGCUUCCUGCUCGACGACAUUUUGCAUGCCGCAGCAGCAAAACACUACCAAUAAUUUCCGAAGGUUGGGUUCGAAGCCACAGACCAACACUUACGAUCUUAUAAAAGCUCCAGGCAUCGUCAGGCCGCUCUACGAUAUCAUUGCUCCUUCGCCCCCAAUGGUGUCUCGUCUUCUUCAGCAGCAGCAGCAGCAGCCACUUCAGUCUCAACAGCAAUUGCAGCAGUCGCAGCAAAUACACCCGCAGCAAAUGUACCCGCAGCAAAUGCACCCGCAGCAAAUGCACCAGCAGCAAGUACAGCCGCAGCAACUGCAGCAACACCAGCAGAUGUUUGCUGGACAUUUGGCAGCCCUCGGAGGUCCGGGAGCACCAGCAGCAGCAGCAGCAGCAGCUUUAGAAGUGGCAGGAGCGUGUUGGUUUGAGGGCUUGCAGCAGCAAAUGAAACGAGAAGAACUCCAGCAAUACGCAGACACAGCACCACCAGGUCAGAAUAUUGCGCCAACGGCAGCAGAAGCAGCAGUAACAACUACACUUAGUUGGACAAGCAGCAGACAGAGGAGCAAUCUGCAGAUCUCGGAAGAAUAG